GUCUCUUAUAACGUUACAGAUGUAUUUAUGCAAUUGUGAUUUCUAUUCAUGUUUCUAAUUGGCAAGGAGAUUUACGGCAGUUUACCAAUUUAUCCACUUGCAACAGUCAGUUGAACUAGAGCAAAACACAGCAUUAACAGAAAGAGGUUUUAUCAGUCAAAAUCAACUUUUAACUGAGUCAUUGAAAGCUAGACAAUCUCAGACUACAGUUUCCCUGAUGUGUUGAAGUCCCUUAUUGACAUGAGCAUAAAUAAUGGAUAUAUGUGGGUCCAGACUGAGACUGGGCUGUGUUAUCUGAUCUGGGUCCAGACUGGGAGAAAGAGGAUAAACGAGAGAGAGAGAGAGAGAGAGAGAGAGAAGAGGAGGAGAAGAUGUCUACAGGCUGUGGCUGUGUGAGGUCGCCCCCGGAGACAGCGGAACACAGACUGACGGGUGGACAGGAGCACCACUAUCAGCUGGUGGAGCCUGUGAGGACCCUGCUAGAGGAGGGGACAGGGAUGACCAGAGCUGUGCAGGGGAAACACUGUCCUGAGGCAGUGCAUCCCGAGGAGCAGCCAGAUGAGCAGGAAGUGAAGAAACCACGCAGGAAAGACACGCCCGUCCUCAACACUCCUCCACUCAUACGAGGUGUGAGGAUGGGGAAAGGAGAGAAGAGAAUGAUUCACAUGGAGGAUGAAGAGAAGGAUGGAAAGAACUAGAAGUCAUUGGAGGAGAGUUUCUUGCCUACAUUUUUUGUUGUUGACAUUGUUGUUUUCAGUUGUCAUAUUACUAAUAUGUAGCCUAUACCUGUUUAUUAAAAGUAGUUCUACACUG